UAUCCAGUGUUGUUUGGAGUUGUUUUUCCGGUGUUAAUUUACCAGAGUUAAAAAGUGUUGAUUCUGGUGUUAAUUUAAACGACUUAAACACUUGCAGUGUAAAUCAAUGGUCAGAGUUAGUGUAAUUACCAUGAGUUGACCUUAAACCACACUAGUAGAGAGUAUAUUCAAUUUCCGGUCUUCGCACGUUACUUCCUUUCUGAUUAAUGGCGGACAAGCACAUGGAGAAAGUGUUCUAACAGGUAAUUAUUUUAUUCCAUAAACUUUCUGAUUUGUCCUAGUACAUUUCUAAUCAUUUUUUAAAUAAUAUUUAUAAGCUUAAAGACAUUUUAAGAGUACUAAAAUAAUUUUCUUUUAGGUAACACGUCAAAUAACGACAGGAACCGAGGGAAGCUGUGUGUAUGUUUGGAUAGCUCUGGCAAAUUAAGCUUUCGUCAUGCUGGUUAAAGUUCAGUGUAAAGGUGUGAAGAAAUGGGUAAAAUUGCUUGACGAUUUUACAUUCCAGGAUUUUCUUACUGAAGUUAAAAACAAAUUUGGAUUUACAAGAACUACAUCUCUUCAAGUCUUUGACGACACUGACACCAAUGUGGAGGAGGAUGUCUUCCAAGAAUUGAAACAAGCCAGUCCAGAUAUGUUUUACUAUAAAUCAGGACUUUGCUCUUCUGUUCAAUGCUGAAACAUCCAACAAGUUGCUUGAGAGGUGGGAGACAGCAUUCAAGCACAAGAUCAUCAAUGAAGCCAGGUCUCUUACUUCGACAGCAGAAAUUCAAUGUCUUCUCAAUGCAGCAGUGGGAGAAGGAUCUGAAAAUGAUUGGGACAGUGACAUGUCAUCCAUCCUGCUACUAUUGCAUCUCUUGCCACCUUCUUCGGGAAGGAAGAAGACCAAGAUCAGUGCAACAGAGGCUGUUGAUAGACUUGUGCAUUUCCACAAGAGCUGGGAUUUCCUUGUUAAAUUCAUCAUUUGUUCUGAUAAAGAACUCCUGCACCAGUAUUGAAGACCAUCACAGUGGCAGGCAGAGCCACCAGCCAUACCUGCUUGGAUUAGGAAGGAUUAAGAGCAGAAUCGACAACUUCUAUGUGGUUGUGGACAAACAUCUCAUCCCCUGUGCUGGAACCAGCUCCUUGAGUGCUAUAGAUGAACUCUUCAAAGUCCACUACGUUUUCAAACUGUCAUACGAGGAAGCCCUUGUCAACAGACUACAAUCUACAACAUCGAUGUUGGACUUUCUAGUGAGUCUCCCCGAGAAAAGGAGUUACGUGCAAAGCUUUUAAACUAGGUUAAAUGUUGAGGUGUUUUUGUGGUCAAAGUUUGCAUUCAAGUAGCCACACUUUGAUAUCUCACUUGAGAGUCACGCACAGUUUUUAUCCUUCUUUAAAGUUUAAGCUGUUAUGUGCACAAGAAAUGCUACAAAAUCCUGCACAGUCAGUCUUAAAUUAGAUGGGACAGAAUAUAGACAAGACCUGAUUGUGUGUAAUGAAAUUGAGAAUGAAAUCCAUAUUUUCAGUCAGAUUCAGAGAAUACUUUUAAUCAAUGACACCGUGUAUUUUAUUGUUAACAAACUUGUAACGGAGCAUUUCUCGGAGCAUCGCCAUGCAUUUAAAGUUCAGAGGUACUGUGGGUUGAAUGAACUUGUCAAAGCCAGAAAUUUGAAGUUCUUCAGGCCUUUUGAUCUACAGAGUCCAUAUGGGUCAGAUGGUGAAUAUGUUGUUCCCUCAUGUAUGUUAGUUUGAGAUGUUAGUUUGAGCUAAAAUAUACAUUUCAAACUGAUACAUUGUGUUGGCUGUAUGUAUGUUAGUUUGAGAUGUUAGUUUGAGCUAAAAUAUAAAUUUCAAACUGAUACAUUGUGUUGGCUGUUCUUUAAUUUAAUGUAUUUAGUUGAACCAAGUGUAGAUUGCAUUUAAAUACCUAAAUAUGGGGAUGUAUGAACACUACAUUAGUUUUUAAAAAAACCUUUGUGUUAUGAGAACACUAUAUUAGUAAAUAAAUAACUUGUUUGGUGUUAUGUGAACACUAUAUUAGUUUUAAAAAACUCCCCUGGUGUUAUGUGAACACUACAUUAGUUUAAAAAAAUAACGCUCUUAGUGUUACGUGAACACUAAAUUAGUUUAAAAAAAACUCCCUUGGUGUUAUGUGAACACUACAUUAGUUUAAAAAAUAACUCUCUUAGUGUUACGUGAACACUAAAUUAGUUUAAAAAGAACUCCUGUAGUGUUAAACUUUUGACACAACUAGUGUGGUUGUAGCACUCACUUGGUGUAAAUGAAACUCAUCAAUGGUGUUAACUGUGAACACUCAUAGUGUUAUUUUUAACAUUUUGUGAGUGUAAAAAAAUUAACACUUUUUAAAGUGUAAAUUUAACUCGAUUUAGUGUGGACUCAUAUAAACUCUGGAAAAGUGUUAAUUUUCACACUCCCAGUGUGAUUUUAACACU